AUGCCGACGCCAAGACCCUUCCUUCCCCUGCUCCUCCUGGUCACCAUCUUCGUCGCCAAUGCCGCCGCCGACGCCACAGCAUGGCAGCUGGAGCCCGCCCAGCCGACGCCCCCCGCCGCGCUGGCCGGCGAGUGGCGUCUCCUCCACGCCAACAUCGGCGUCUCGGCCAUGCACAUGCAGCUGCUCCCGGAGGACUUCGUCCUUAUGUUCGACCGCACCGACACCGGACCCUCCAACAUCUCCCUCUCCGACCCGGGGCCGUGCGCCGCCGCGGCUGCCGUGCCAAACGCAACCGCCGCCCCCGCCGACUGCACUGCGCACUCGGUGCUCCUCGACCUCCGGUCCAACGCGCUGCACCCGUACCCGCUCGCCACCAACCCCUGGUGCUCCUCCGCCGCGCUGCUCCCCAACGGCACGCUCCUCCAGACCGGCGGCUUCUCCAACGGCGACCGCAUCGCGCGCCUCUUCUCCCCGACGACCGGCUGGGUUGACCUCCCGGACUUCCUGGCCGCCCGCCGGUGGUACGCCACCGACAUCCUCCUCGCCGACGGGCGCGUCCUCAUCCUCGGCGGCAGGCGGCAGUUCAACUUCGAGUUCUUCCCGCACGACGUCGAUGCCACGCCGCCGUUGACCUUCUUCCCGUUCUUGGAUGAGACCACGGAGGUGGACGCCGAGAACAACCUCUACCCGUUCCUCCACCUCCUCCCCGACGGCACCGUCUUCGCCUUCGCCAACGACCGUGCCGUCGUCUUCGACCCAUACAACCGCGCCCCGCUCCGCCGCCUCCCCACGAUCCCCGGCGGCGUGCCGCGGAACUACCCGUCCUCCGGCUCGUCCGUACUCCUACCGCUCCUCCCGGAGUACCCGACCCACGCCGAGGUGCUCGUCUGCGGUGGCGCGCCGCGCGGCUCGUACCAGCUCGCGCUGAGGAACGGCACGUUCCUGCCGGCCGAACGGACAUGCGGCCGCAUCGCGCCGACGGAUGCAAACCCGGUGUGGGCCAUGGAGGAGAUGCCGCUGCCACGGAUCAUGGGCGACAUGGUGCUGCUCCCGACGGGCGACGUGCUCAUCGUGAACGGCGCGGCGGCGGGGACGGCGGGGUGGGAGCUCGGGCGGGAGCCGGUGAUGUACCCGGUGCUCUACAGGACGGACACGCAGAUCGGCGCGCGGUUCGAGGUGCUCGCCGCCUCCACCGUCCCGAGGAUGUACCACUCGUCGGCGACGCUGGACACGUACGGCCGGGUGCUCGUCGGCGGGAGCAACCCGCACAUCGGCUACGUGUUCUUCAACGUGACGUACCCGACGGAGCUGAGCCUGGAGGCGUUCCUGCCCCCUUACCUGGACGCGCGGCUCGAUGCCGUGCGGCCGCGGGUGCUGGCCGCGCCUUCGGAGGUCGGGUACGGGGAGACGACGGCUGUACGGUUCGAGGUGCCCGGCGGCGCGCUGGCGGGAGGGGGACCCGAGGAUCAGGUGGUGCGCGUGACCGCGGUGGCGCCGGCGUUCGCGACGCAUUCGUUCGGGAUGAACCAGAGAGUAGUGGGGCUGUCCGUGGCGAGGGUGUCGCAGCUGGACAUCGGGGUGUACGAGGUGGAGGUGGCGGCGCCGCCGUCGCCCGGGGUGGCGCCGCCGGGGUACUACCUCUGGUUCGUGGUGCACGCCGGCGUGCCCAGCAGCGCGGCGUGGGUGCGCUUGCGACCGCUCGGUGCAGCGACAUGA